AUGUAUGCGCUGUCCCGUGGCCAAAGUUUCCUCCGAGUCAGAUCUAGACCGUCGAAUCUACAAAUUUGGGCAGCAAAGCACGGCCCAUUUGGGUUGGAGAAACAUGAUCAUCAACUUGAACUUGAGCAUGAAUUUGACCAUGAUAGCCAGCCAGCCACGAUUGACCGACCGGUAGCGAGCUUUGACAGCACUUUAGAAAUAUUCCCGAUGGUUAUUCUCCGCGAACGCAAGGCAAGGGGCGUAAAAAAGGGGCAAGGCAGAGACAAGCAGGCAUAA